UCAGAAAGAGCACACCGAGAUACACUAAUUCCCCAAGUUUAGUGUUAAUCAGGCUAGUUUUGAGUGAGAUACAGCCAUUUAAAAACGCCAAAAUUACACAGAAAUAUUUGGUCCUCCGGACACAGCGUCCGGAUGGCCAUACAUUUUUUUGUAAAUUUUGAUGUUUUCAAAUGGUUGUAUCUUGCUUACUAUUGGGUGUAUUUGCACCAAACUUGGGGAUUUUGUAAAGUUUGGUGUGCACUUUUUGACUAUGUGGAUCAAUAGCUGCUAAUCCCAUAAUUUGUAGACUCGUGCCUAGUCCUUUCGGCUUGAAAUCAGGCAACAGCGCGAAGAACACACAGCCGACAGGUCCCCGUUUCAAGUGGAACCGUCACGUGACACGAAUUAAGAAAAACAUGGCCGCUGUCAGUCGGCUUUUCAGGCUUUCCACUUUCACUGUUGCUGCUGGAGCAGCACUUAAGAUAUCCAAAGAUGUAACAGACAGAACAAGAAAUAGUUCACCGAACUCGAAUUUAGAACUUGUCUUGGUUCAAAUUGCCUUUCGGCAUGGUGCUAGAACACCGAUCUUCCCGGCUCCAUGUCAAGAGUUAGAACCUGUGACUUGGCAAGCGGACCUUCUGAUGGGAGCUCUUCCAUACACCGACUUUGACUAUGAGCUCAAACACGUUUCUGGAGGGGCCAGACCGUUCUCUAAAUACGACGAUCGCCAGAUGAAGAAAAUUUUAAAGGGUGGAAGUCCCCAAGGCCAGCUCACCAAAGUAGGGCAGCAACAAAUGUAUGAUCUGGGCAAAAAGUGCGGCAAGUUGUACAUAGAUGAUCUUAAAUUUGUACAGGAGACAUUCAGUCCUCACGAAGUUUUUAUACGUACAUCUAAUAUACAAAGGACAAUUGACUCUGCAAGAUGUGUGAUGGCAGGGAUGUUUGGAAAGGAACAGUUAAGAGGUGUUGUUACCAUGCACACAGAGGAUGAGUGCAAAGAGUUCUUGUACCCAAAUAUAACUUACUGUGGAUAUUUAAAGAGUGGAUUUAAAUAUGCUGUUCUUAAAGGGCCAAACCUUGUAGAAGGAUUUCAUGCCAGACAGAAAAGGAUUGGAGAAGCUCUGAAAAUAAAUUAUGAGGAGAAGCCUUUGGUGGCCGUCAAGUUACGAGAUAUAGUCAUCACCAUGAUGGCUCAUAACAUGGCAGUUCCUCAAGUUAUUUUACAGAAUUUAAAUGUAAUAGAAGAGCAAGCACUUCAAGAAUUUAUUGUAACACAGUGUGGAUUAGCACAUCUACGGAAAAAAUAUCUUUCAUUUGGUGUUGGAGUGUUUUUAGAAGAAGUGACGGAUAAUUUUAUCAAAACUAUUGAUGGCCGAAGUCAUUACAAGAUGAUGUUGUACUCAGUACAUGAUACAUCUGUGGCAGCCCUUCUGAUAGCGCUUGGUAUUUUUGAUGACAAGUGGCCUGGCUUUGCUGCUGAUUUGACUUUUGAGCUCUACAGAGAUAAGGAUCAAGGUUACUUUGUGCGAGUUUUAUAUGAAGGAGAGGAGAAAAUUCUUCCAGGAUGUUCAAGCUCACUUUGUCCACUAAAUAAAUUCAAAGAGCUGGUCUCCGAAUAUUUUAUAAACGAUUGGGAAAAAGCUUGUCAAGUUGUGAAGGAAAGGGAAUUGACUGUUGCCUGAGUCCUGCAACACAGUUGUUCAUGAAUGAUCCUACUGAUCUCUCAGCGUUAGUUGUCACGGAAGUAUAUGCAAUCCGGGUUGAAAGGACAGUGAAAAAAGUUAGAUGAAAAUCAAAAUGUAAGGAGAGAAACAAAUCAGUAGCGGGGAAAUAAACUUUGUUAAUCAGUCCUACUUAUCAUCAAGAUUUGGCGACACUGCCUCGUGUCGUCGUUUCUAAUCCUCUCUCUUUCGAAAUUACCUAGACCAUUUAUACGAGAAUAAAAUGAUGUAAAGAGUAAAAAUAAUAUGUGCUAAACAACAACUUUAUUUAUGUAGAAACAGACAGUAACAAUAUAUAUAUUGCAUGCGUGACAAAUUAAUACUAAUUAAUCAUCAAACUGGAAACAGACAUAUAUAUUUUUAACAUUUUUUGAUGGAGAAUGUAAUAAAAUGGGCUUAUUUCACUAAUGACUGGUCUUUCGUUUUCAUUGUGACCUAUUUUAAAGCGAUCGCAGCGAAAAUGCACAAAACAUGGACGUAAGUAAUGUCCAUUGCAUUGGUUAGGAUAAUCGGGUUUCGGGGCAGUCGUAAGCGUAAGCCCCCCUCCAUUUACCAGGUAUUCCCCCUACCUACCUUGUUCUUCCCGCCGUUUUCGCACUGCUUCCCAACUGACCGAACGCCUGGUACAACCUAUGAGAACUGGUGCCCAUUCUGCCCUCUCCAGAGUGUAUGUGAGCGGGAAUAAGGAAUUCAAAAGAAAUUUUCUUUCCACGGAGUCUAAACUGCCGUCUACCUUUUAACAGGAUAAAGUAGUCUAAAUUAUCCUUUUUUGGAUGGAGGUGAUGGGGUAAAAACUAAAAGAUCAAAGUAACGUGGAUUCCGACAAAAAGCCUGAUGGUUACGUGUUUGUCAUUGGAAAGAAAAGCGUUAAGACCAUCGUUUUAGCUACCGAAAUAACCUAAGGAAGCCAGCUAACACUGUUCAUCUUCAUGGUCCAUGCCUUCAUGGUUUUCAAAAUCGUUAUUUUCAGGAACCGCGUAAAAUGCUUCUUCAUUCAACAGCCAGCCUCUCAAAAAUACCAGUCAAAACGUAGUUGAAAGAGAAAUUGAGUGCAAGCGCCCCGUACUCAGUUGGCGACAUGAUCACCCGCUGUGCAGUUUAGGUAAACCACUUAGUCUAAACCCACGAACUGUACCACGCGCAUGCGUCAACCUACAAUAGCAGGCCAGAGUCACGAAAUUUCAACAAAGAGUGCCAGCGUCCACCUGCGGAAAUUUUCCUUCAUUGUUUUAUUAAACUGAAAACAAAUAGCGGUAGCAGUAAACUUUGUUUUCUUGUCUCGCCUUCCUGUGACUUGAAAGUGAAAAGCUACUUGAUAUAAUUUUAGAGAGGUUUUUCUUUCAUUAGGCGUGGGCUUGGAGGGGGGCUUUCUGUCAAACCAACUUGAUUUCUACUUUUAUUGAACUGAAAAAGAAGUUUUGGCUGACGGAAUUCUCAAUCCCUUUUUAAUUCAGUGAUAUAUUUUGCUUUCAAGAAAUAACAGGAAGCGAGACAGCCUCGGCUAGUGGUGUAAAAUUUGCGGGUGGUACAUAUAUUAUUUCGAUUUCUGAAGUCUAUUAUAUAUCCGAUCAGAGCAACAAAGAUCUCAACUUUAAAAGUCGUCAGUUCUUAGCUUUUGCUUGCACGAAGACUCUCGAACUGAUCGGAUUUUCUCGUUUAGCUACAAUCGUGUGUUUAAUGCUUGUUUCCCAUGCAGGCAUCCAUGGUAAUUUAAUGUUCCAAGUAUUUUCAGAAAGCUCGCACUUAGAAUGAAAUUGUUUUAAUAUUGGUAAAUACGGGGCAGGAUGUGGGGAAUAUGAUUAGCACGCAAGAGAAAAAGAACUAAAAACACACACAUGGCGUCUUAAUAAGCAGGACAAUGCAAGUUUUCCUCACCAAAUAUCGUUUUGGACUCGUUUUUGGCAGAUAUUUCCCCGAAACUUAGCGAAGUGCUCUGAUGGCGCUCAUAAUUUGACGAUCAUGAAUUCGCAGACCGCAAAUAAAACAAGAUAAGAAACGAGUGAAAAAAUAAAAGGCCGGUGUAUAGGUCAUGAAUAAUUUAUAGUGCUUUCUUUGUUCAUUGGUGUUUAGUCUAGCGCAGUUGGGUCUUCAUUAAAAUAAAUAUUCGUCAAGUGACGGCCACACGAAAGUAAAAUAUCUCGUUCCACUGGAUUUCUCGAGAAAAUUUUCCAUCUUAGGCAACUUCUGUAACAUACUUAGCGACAUCAGGAGACAUCACCAAUGAUAACUAAAUUUUUUUCCUUGAAAAUGGAAACUCUUUUUGUGACCUUCCUGCUUUGACGUUU